GCCUCCUCGAACCAGGAGAACCAUUACAACAGCUCGUCGCCCCUCAAAGACAAACGCCGCUCACGCAUCAUGUCUGGCAGCGAGAUGUCGCCGCUCAAGAUGCUCCAGCGCAACAACAACACCACCGUCGACGAGAGGCUCAUGCCGCCCAACAGCCCUCGCAAGUCCAUCAGCCCCAUGCGGAGGUUCCCCGUCAGGGUCAACACCGGUGAGAGCACGCCCAGGGGGGGAGGAGGAGGAGGAGGAGGAGGAGGACGGCCGCACCAGGGCCAGGUUCAGGAGAGAGAGAUGUCGCUCGAUGAGGCCAUCGCCCAGAACCCCGGGGUCAGGCAUGCGAUUGAGAUUUUCGAGGACACACUGGACAGUAUGGGCGACGAGGGGGACGACGAGGACACAGACACUGGUCUCAACACCGACGACAACAAUAAUCACGACGAGUCGAUGGCGGACGAGACCAUGCUGAGCGAGUUCAGCACGUUCUCUGCGAUCCCGAACAUGACCACAUUUGCGAGACUGGGCGGCCGGACGCCCACACAGAUGGCGCAGGACGCGACAAGGGGGUCCAACACCACGACGAACCUGCUCGAUUUCACGGAUAGCCUUCGGUUCCCUGGCGGGCGGUCGAGCUCGCCCACAAGGUCGAUGACUGCUGCCGCUGCCGCUGCCGCUGCAGCAGCAGACGGCAAUAAGAAGACGCCACAGCGCCAGGGCAUCGCUAACCUGCUCGACUUUGAGAUCCCGCCCAUGCCCACGCCACGCAGCGUCCCGAGCAUCAGCGCCCGUGAGCUGGAGAGCCUCAAGUCGAACUUCAUGUCCGAGAUCAGCAGCCUCAGGGCGACGUUGAGCGGGAAAGAAGCUGAGGCGGCCUCGCUCAAGACGGCGCUCAUGGACGCCGAGAAGCGGGCCGGCGAGUCGGGCGAGCAGCUGCGCGAGGAGAGGUCGAUGCGCGAGCACUACUCAGAGGAGAAGGAGACGUGGGAGAAGCGCGGCAGGGAGAUGGAGACGGUGCUGCGCCAGGUCAAGGAGGAGAUCAUGACGACGCAGCGCGAGCGCGAAGCCCUCGAGGCCCGGCUUGAGGAGAGCGAGGGGCGCCGCGAGGCUGCCGAGAUGAUGGCGCAGGAAGCGGAGUCUAAGAUGGCCGCCAUGCGCGCUUCCAAGGUCGUGGGCGCCGACGGCAACGGCAACAACAAUGUUACUUCGCCCGGCGGCGGCGGCGCCUUGAAGAGCCCCAAGACCACGGCGUCGCAGCGAGAGAUCGAAAUGGCGGUCGAGAAGGUGGCCAGGGAGCUGCACGCGGCCUACAAGAGCAAGCACGAGGCGAAAGUGGCGGCGCUCAAGAAGAACUACGAGAACCGCUGGGACAAGAAGAUCCGCGAGAUGGAGGCCAAGAUUGACGAGCUCACGAGGGAGAAUGAGGAGCUCCGCGUGGGCCGCGACGCCACGCUCACCAAGGUGGAGAUCGAGGCGGGCGAGAGGCGGGACCAGGCCGUCAGGGACACGGCCGAGAUUAAAGGCCUGCACGCCGAGGUGGAGAGGCUCCAGGCCGUGCUCAAGACAGUCCAGGGCGACAACGACUCGCUGCGGCGCCAGCUCGAGGUCGAGCGCGUUGAGAAGGGCGAGCUGGUCACCCUGGCCGAGGAGCUGAUGCAGAUGCAGUCCAACCAGACGACGAUGCUUGCCGCCCAGGAAGCUGAGCAGCGCGAGGCCACCCCGGAGCCACCUGCUGCGGCUGCCCAAUACCACCAGCAGCAGCACCAACAGCACCAACAGCACCAACAAUAUCGCCGCCAGCCUACGCCCUCCGGCUUCAGGAACAGCAUGAUCGGGCGCCCUGGGGGUAUGUCGUCGGGCCUGAAAGCACCGAGCAAGAUCGGCGGUGGUGGUCCUGGGGCGGCACACCAGCGGGCACCGUCCAACGUGGGGGGCAGUGGGCUGGUGAGGCCUGGCAGUGGUCUUGCGCGGCCGGGGGGUCUGAUGUCGAGUAUCCAACAGAUGGGCAGCUACCGGGGCCGG